AUGUCUCGGGUCGGUGUGUUUGGCCAGAUUUCCGAGAUCACCAACGAUCUCUUCUUGUCCGGAGCUGGGUGUUUGAAACCGGAAAAAAUCAAACAAAAACGGAUAUGUUUCAUAGUUAAUGCGACCACAGAAGAACCGAACGCAUAUAUUCAAGGAGUUGAAUAUAUGAAAGUUCGGAUAGAUGACCAUCCAUAUGCACGUAUUCAAGACUAUUUCGAUCAAGUGGCCGACAAGAUCAAGGCUGUCAAGGAUCGCGGCGGAAAGACCUUGGUCCAUUGCAUGGCUGGUGUAUCACGUUCUGCCUCUUUGGUGAUGAUCUACCUCGUAAAAUAUGAACGAAUGACACUUCGACAAGCCUAUCACUAUGUAAAAUCUUGCCGACCCAUCAUCCGUCCGAAUGUUGGUUUCUGGAAGCAGAUGGUGGAUUAUGAGAAGCGCUUUCGAGGAUCUGCCUCAGUGACGAUGGUAAUGACAAAUCAGUGUGAUUUACCGAUCCCGGACAUCUAUGUUGAUGAUCUCAAACGAGCACAAGAUCGAGAACAACAACAGCAACAGCAGAAAGUCUCAAGCGGUACCCUCAUCAGACAACCGAUUGCAUUGUCAUUAACGAAAAGGCGAGGAUACUCUGCUAGCAAUCUCCGGCCAAUCACUUCCACACUACGACGCUCCACAUCACCAGCAGUUUCAUCGAGCAGUGUACAGUACUCAUUGCUUACACCGACACCGUCACGAAAACCUCGUGACAGUCUGUUCAGCCUUUACACAUCCACAUCACGGCCUUUCUUCUCGGCUUUCUGAGCUCUACACGGCGCCUUUCACUUGUUCCUGCCCUCUGCGACUUGUUAACCCGGUUCGGUUCACCUCGUGUGUUCCAUCGCACUAAGCGCCUAAACAUUCGUCAUCUCUUUCAAGUAUUAUCCAUUCACAAUGUACAUAUUACAUGUGUAAUCUCGGCAUUUACAUUUGUGUAGACGUGGGCGGUUUUGAGGUGAAGUAGGCGUUGCGUCGCGUGCUCAUGCGACACGACUCCGCCCAUGGCACACAUUCGGGAUAAGCCCUAAUUAUGCAUGUGUCAUCCAUUCAGCGUCAUUUACUCAGGUUCACUUGUUUCAGUGAUGUCAUCUAUGAGAUAUCGAACCUCCUACGUUGUCAAGAGUAUUUGAUACAUGUAUCGUCAAUUAGUAUCUCUGGAAGCUCUAGCUCUUUGAAAUAGUACUCUAAUUAGGCCUUCUACGUAGUUCUUUAGUUCCCUUUUCUCUGAGCCACUCUUUCUUUGGUGGAUUCGUGCGUCUUGAAUUGAUCUGCUGAUCAAUUUUUUUGGAGACAUUCGUUUGACUACAUUCUCACACAUACACAUACACAUACACAUAUAUACAGUUUAGGAUCUAAGAUAUUGAGUUGUGACCGGGUAUCGACUUUGCGUCAUGUCUUGAUUUACUUGGAAAUCUACCUGUAUUUUAACUGUGUAAUAUGAAAAUAUGUGG